AUGCGCAAACGAGCGGCUGUCAAGCCUACACAGAAUCUGUCAGGAUAUGCUCUGGAAUAUCAGCGUCUGUUGGCGGUUAGCUCUCAAAUCGAGGAUGAAAACAGCAAAGUCGGUCGCGCCGACUACAACAUAAAAAAGAACAGAUAUCCCUCUGUCAUCCCAUUUGACGGGGGAGACUACAUUAACGCCUCAUUUGCAGAUGCAUUUAGAAAGCGCAACGCGUUCAUCCUGACCCAGGCCCCUCUCGGACACACAAUGGCCGAGUUCUGGCACAUGAUUUGCCAGUACAAGAUCGGCACCAUCGUCAUGCUGAACAACUUGCAGGAAGAUACUCUGGGCGUUGAAGGUGAACACGAGGUCGUCCACGUACAACAUAUCGAGUGGCCAGACAAGUGCGCACCUGUCAAUCACCAGAGUGUACUCGACCUGGUGAGCUGGGUAAAACUGUCCCAGCAGCAAUGCGGUGACAAAGCCAUUGUUGUACAGUGCAGUAAUGGCGUAGGCCGUAGCGGCCUGUUCUGUGCGAUCUACUCGUUGCUGGAGCGCAUUAAAGCGGAGCAAGUUGUUGACGUCUUCCAGACAACUCAGUACAUCUACUGCUACCAGAUGGUCCAGCGAUACCUUGACUCGUUCAGUGAUUACGCAAACUUUAGCGAGGUUUAA